GGAGGUAUGCAAAGCUCGAUUGCACCCAUUUGACAAGCACAUUUCUGAAAAGAAUGAGAAAUGAAAAGUGCGGCAUUUAUUGGUGUUUGAGCGCAAACAAAUGUGAAGCGUGAUUUCACUCUACCGUAUUGGGGCAGAUUCAAUUACAUUUUAUUAAUAAUUUACGUUUCGAGUCAGUAGGUACUUUAGUCGUCAACAUACCCACAGGACGCACUAAUGUGACUGGCGCGUCAUGGGGUAGUCCCAUGUGGUAUUGGGACGCCCGGGGCUCUCCUAUGCUGGUGACCCUGGUGCCUGGUGCCGUCCGGCUGAUGCUGCUUCUGGUGCUGGUGUCUGAGUCGCACCAAUCACCAGCGAAGCACCGCUCUAAGAACAUCGUGCGCCUGCUGAACACUGCGGAGCACCAUCUGGACGAUGCCGCCAUCUGGCAGGUGGCCGAGUUCCUCUCCAACUACACCAGCCUCCCCACUGAAGACGAUGUAAAUGCCUUGGACAUAAGUGUGCGACGGUUCAUCGCUGGGCCGGGGAAGUCAAAAGCCGAGAUCAUCUCCCACAAGUCGGUCCCGGUGAAGUCCGUCGACUCCAAGCAGGGCCAGCUGAAACUGACUAUCGAGAAGGUGCCAGAUGGGCCCAAACCGCACCGAACCAGCACCAAACGACCGCCGGUGCCCGACCCAGCCGGCAUGGCGCCCAAUCAGAAAAAGGACGAAGACAAGGCCGGGAAUAAGGGAGGCAAGAAGGGCGACCGUCGCUCGGCCAAGCGGUCGCCGCGCUCGGCCGACGACCCGUUCUACUUCCUGCACCACCUGCGUCCCGACCUGCCGGCGCUGGACAGAGUGCUGGCCGAGGAGCCGCCGGAGGAGCAGGGCGCCGACGAGGUGCCCUCCACGGUCCCGCCGCCCACCCCGGGCCCGCCGGCCGUCUCCGAGGGGCAGCACCUGCAGACGCUCCUCAGAGCUAUGGUGGUGUACGGAGAGGCGGCCGAGGGCGACGAGGGCACACUGUCCGCCGUCAGACAACUCGUCGAAGACGGGGUCGCAACGGUGGAGCCGCUAACGUUCCGCAAAGGACUGAGCAAUAUCGUCGAGGACAAGUCAAUUUUGAAGAACCGGCGCCGCCGGGAGGCUCGGAGUCCCGAUAUGUCGCGGUUUACCGACUUCAUGGGCAGAGAGAGGUACUCCCAGGAGCUGAUCAACAGCUUCCAGCCGGGCGGCAAGCGACAUCUGUCCAUCAAAAAGGAGCUCCGGGAGCCGAUUGACGUUGACCUGGCCGGGGUGGCCGUCAUGUCUGCCUCUCUCCGAAAGCGCAGCGCGCCGGAGACCGAGCUGCCCUCUGCCGGCCUGGACGAGCAGCUCUCCACGGCCGAGGUAGAUGGCGUCAGCCUCGAAACCAGUCGGCGAGCGCAGCGCGGCGGCGGCUCAGAGACCAGCGGCGCUGCCGGGCAGCCCAGUGGCGGCCCAGAGACCAGCGGCGCCGCCGGGCAGCCCAGUGCCGCCACCCACGACAGACAGCCGCUCCCGGCCCCGGCUCCGGCUCCGGCGCGGCGGCGGCGCAGCGCUCCGGGCACCCGCCGCGUGCUGGACGAUAUCCGGAUCGCGCCCCAGCUGCCCGAUCUGAUGGAUCUCGAUUCGGAGGACGUGCUGGAGUCGGAGCAGAGCCCGCUGCUGCCGGUGCUGGUGACCUCCGGAGAGGAGGACCCGCUGGAGGUCACUGAGAGGGCCGCGCUGGUGUUUGAGGACACCGGUCAGCGGGAGACGUGGGGCCCCUGGGGCCGCUGGGGGCCCUGCUCAGUUACCUGUGGGCCCGGACAGAAGGCCCGCUACAGACACUGUGUGAUGGGCCCGCGCUGUGAGCCGGGGGAGAGGGAGUCCGACUUCAAACCGUGCUUCCGGAAGUCGUGCAGUAUGCCAGUACCGGAUGGACUGGUGGACGCGUUCAGAUGAUUCAGUGCCGACUGCUGGCGUCUGUAGGACGCCGUGGUGUCGGCACGAUGAGUAGGUGGCUAGUGUUUAUAGGAGUAAUCCAUAAAACAGGUGGCAUUGGUGACGUCCUCGUCUGAUCACAGAUAUCUGGAACACAUGCAUAGUGCAUAUCACAAACUUGCGUAUGUUCGUUCAUCGCUCAGCAUACCCACCUUUGUAAAAGUAAUCGAACAAUAAGAUUGAAAUACUGAUA